AUGGUCUACCUGGACUUGGAUCACCGGUUGGUGCUGGUGCUGAUGCUGUGGAGCUCAGGACUCCAGGCUGAAGGAGGACAAAACUCCACAGAGUCUGAUGAUGUCAGGUUGGUGGGAGGAGUCAGUCACUGUGCAGGAACACUGGAGCUGAAUCAGCGAGGACUCUGGAGACCAGUGGAGGGAUCAUACUGGACCCUGAAGGCAGCAGCAGACUCUGUCAGGCUGGUGGAUGGGACCAGUCUGUGCUCAGGCAGACUGGAGGUGAAGUCUAACCAGAGGUGGUCCUCAGUGUGUGAAGCUGACUUUGACCAGCAGGAUGCAGAGGUGGUCUGUAGGGAGCUUGGCUGUGGGGCUCCUUCAGUCCUCCAGGGGGCGCUCUAUGGAGAAGUGGAGGCUCCAAUGUGGACCAAAGAGUUCCAGUGUGGAGGCCAUGAGUCUGCUCUCCUGGACUGUAGAAGCUCAGGCUCAGAUAGAAACACCUGCUCACCUGGCAAAGCUGUUGGACUCACCUGCUCAGAGGCUGUCAGGUUGACAGGAGGACAAGGUCGCUGUGCAGGAACACUGGAGGUCAAAGAUCAGAGAGACUGGAGGCCGGUGAGUAUCGUCCCCUAUCCGUGGACCCUGAAGGACACAGCUGUGAUCUGUGGACAGUUGGAUUGUGGCUCCACUGUGACUGUCGACUGGAUGAAGGCUUCCUUGGGCAGGUCUGUGUGGAAGAUCAGGCCUGAGUGUGUCCAGUCUGGAUCUGCUCUGAGGGAGUGUUUAACAUUAGAUUACUCCAGCCAUGUCAUGGAUAUCACCUGCUCAGCAUCUGGCAGUGUCAGAGGGAAACGCAGUGGGAAAACAAUGAAAGUUAAGGUGGCGGAAGUUCGAGUAGGGCCGUAG